AUGGCACCGCUCCUUGUGCCGGUAACCCCACUACUGCCGCACCCAUGGGGCCUCCAGGUCGCCGACACUACCGUUAGGGGGCCCCACACCACCGUCAGGGGCCCCACACCACCGUCAGGGCCCCCACACCACCGUCAGGGGCCCCACACCACCGUCAGGGGCCCCACACCACCGUCAGGGGCCCCACACCACCGUCAGGGGCCCCACACCACCGCCAGGGGCCCCACACCACCGUCAGGGGCCCCACACCACCGUCAGGAGCCCCACAUCACCGUCAGGGGCCCCACACCACCGUCAGGGGCCCCACACCACUGUCAGGGCCCCCCACACCACCGUCAGGGGCCCCCACACCACCGUCAGGGGCCCCCACACCGCCGUCAGGGGCCCCACACCACCGUUAGGGCCCCCACACCACCGUCAGGGGCCCCCACACCACCGUCAGGGGCCCCCACACCACCGUCAGGGCCCCCACACCACCGUCAGGGGCCCAACACCACCGUCAGGGGCCCCCACACCACCGUCAGGGGCCCCACACCACCGUUAGGGCCCCCCACACCACCGUCAGGGGCCCCCACACCACCGUCAGGGGCCCCCACACCACCGGCAGGGCCCCCACACCACCGUCAGGGCCCCCACACCACCGUCAGGGGCCCAACACCACCGUCAGGGGCCCAACACCACCGUCAGGGGCCCCCACACCGCCGUCAGGGGCCCCACACCACCGUCAGGGGCCCCCACACCACCGUCAGGGGCCCCCACACCACCGUCAGGGGCCCCCAUACCACCGUCAGGGGCCCCCACACCACCGGCAGGGCCCCCACACCACCGUCAGGGCCCCCACACCACCGUCAGGGGCCCAACCACCAGGGUCAGGGGUCCCACACACCGUCACCGUCAGGGGCCCCCACACCGCCGUCAGGGCCCCACACCACCGUCCCCACACCACCGUCAGGGGCCCCACACCACCGUCAGGGGCCCAACACCACCGUAGGGCCCCCACACCACCGUCAGGAUCCCCACACCACCGGGUCAGGGUCAGGAGCCCCACACACCACCGUCAGGGGCCCCACACCACCGUCAGGGCCCCCACACACCGUCAGGGGCCCACCGUCAGGGUCCCCACACCACCGUCAGGAGCCCCACAAGGGGCCCCCACACCACCGUCAGGGGCCCCCACACCACCGUCAGGGCCCCCACACCACCGUCAGGGCCCCCACACCACCCAAUAUUAUAGUCAUGAUCACCUCUACCCACAGCAACACUGCAGUCAUCACCACCUCUACCCACGGCUACAUUACAGCCGUGACUACUACCACCAGAGCCCAUCCUCAGAGCAAAUCCAUGAGCUCCCCUUCCCACUAUCACCCCACCCCUCAAACUAGCUGGAUAGUUAUCUAG